GUCACCUCUCAUCGUGCCUUGGACGCCAAUUCUCUCUCUCUCUCUUCUAUCCGUGCGCCUCAACUUUCCCACCACCACCGCGGUCUCCACUGCGCCACGCUGCUGCCGACCACCCGCACCAUCGAUGGCCAGGCGCGGCCGCCGCUCCCUUGCUUCGCCCGCCGUUGCCAUCGCCCUUUUCGUCUUCCUCGCCUACGGCGGCGGCGGCGGCGGCGGCGGAGUAUGCGAGGCCGCGCCGGCGAGCGCGGUCGUGAAGAGCGUCCCGGGAUUCGACGGCGCCCUCCCGUCGAAGCACUACGCCGGGUACGUGACGGUGGAGGAGCAGCACGGGCGGAACCUGUUCUACUACCUGGUGGAGUCGGAGCGCGACCCGGCGAAGGACCCCCUCGUGCUCUGGCUCAACGGCGGCCCCGGCUGCUCCAGCUUCGACGGCUUCGUCUACGAGCACGGACCAUUCAAUUUCGAGUCAGGAGGGUCAGCCAAGAGCCUACCGAAGCUUCAUCUCAAUCCCUAUAGCUGGUCCAAGGUAUCCAGUGUGAUCUACUUGGAUUCCCCUGCUGGUGUGGGGCUGUCAUACUCCAAGAAUACUUCGGAUUAUAACACCGGGGACCUCAAGACCGCCGCGGAUUCGCAUACUUUUCUUCUGAAGCAGUGGUUUCAGCUGUACCCUGAGUUCCUGAGCAAUCCAUUUUACAUAGCUGGGGAGUCGUAUGCUGGGGUUUAUGUUCCUACUCUUUCGCAUGAAGUUGUCAAAGGAUUACAUGAUGGAGUGAAGCCUACAAUAAACUUCAAGGGCUACAUGGUCGGAAAUGGUGUUUGCGACACUGUUUUUGAUGGUAAUGCUCUUGUGCCAUUUGCUCAUGGAAUGGCUCUAAUUUCAGACGAUAUAUACCAGGAAGCUCAGACUGCAUGCCACGGAAACUACUGGAAUACUACCACUGAUAAAUGUGAAAAUGCACUCUACAAAGUCGAUACGUCAAUUAAUGACCUAAAUAUUUAUGACAUUCUUGAGCCAUGCUACCACAGCAAAACUAUCAAGAAAGUGACCCCAGCAAAUACCAAAUUGCCCAAAAGUUUCCAACAUCUUGGUACAACUACCAAGCCCCUUGCUGUAAGAACAAGAAUGCAUGGGCGUGCUUGGCCUCUGAGAGCUCCUGUGAGAGCGGGGCGUGUGCCAUCCUGGCAGGAGUUUGCCAGAGGAUCUCGCCCCAGUGGAGUUCCUUGUAUGAGUGAUGAAGUUGCAACAGCAUGGCUGAACAACGAUGACGUCAGAGCAGCAAUUCAUGCCCAACCAGUAAGCUCAAUUGGCUCGUGGCUUAUAUGCACCAACGUGUUGGAUUUCAUCCAUGAUGCUGGAAGUAUGAUCAGUUAUCACAAGAACCUCACAGGCCAGGGUUAUCGUGCUUUCAUAUACAGUGGUGAUCAUGAUAUGUGUGUACCUUAUACCGGGACUGAAGCAUGGACCAGAUCUUUGGGCUACGGAGUUAUUGAUUCAUGGAGACCGUGGCACCUGAAUGGCCAAGUUUCUGGGUACACCCAAGGAUAUGAACAUGGCCUCACCUUUGCUACCAUUAAGGGUGCUGGGCACACUGUUCCUGAAUACAAACCACAAGAAUCAUUGGCUUUCUAUAGCCGCUGGCUUGCUGGUUCUAAAUUGUAAAUGCUUGUGAAUCCGACAUCCAAUAAUGGGAAGCAUACAUAUCCAUACAGCCAUGAAUCAGAUAAAGGUUGAUACAAAGAUAAUAUAAAAAAACUACAAACCAAUUUAGAAAGCCACAUUUAUUUCAGAAUAGUUGGUGCCAACACCAUGUUGUAUGUUCUUUUAUGCAAACAGUAGAUCAUUCAUCAUUAUUUGUGGAAGCUUACUGUGCUGUAACAUCAAAAUGUCAAUCCUUUUUUCUGAUAUUUUGUAUUCUCAAUUUCUGAUUGUCAAUCCAAAGCCACAAAGAUAAUUUGUAGAUGGAUUA